AUGUUGAACUUUGUCUAUUAUCUACCAAUCUAUAUAUCUAUCUAUCUCUCCAUUAUCUAUCGAUCCAUCUUUGACGAUCUCUCCGUUAUCUAUCUAUCUAUUUAUCUAUCUUUGGCGAUCUCUCCAUUAUCUAUCUAUCUAUCUAUUUAUUUUUGGCGAUCUCUCCAUUAUCUAUCUAUCUAUCUAUCUAUCUUAUCUAUCUAUCUAUCUAUCUUUGAUCUCUUCAUUCUUCAUUCUAUCUAUCUAUCUAUCUAUCUAUCUUAUCUAUCCUAUCUAUCUUUGAUCUCCAUUAUCUAUCUCUUCAUUCUCUAUCUAUCUAUCUUUAUCCUAUCUAUCCAGACAUCUAUCUAUCUAUCUAUCUUUGGCGAUCUCAUCUAUCUAUCUAUCUAUCUAUCUAUCUAUCUUUGGCGAUCUCUCCAUUAUCUAUCUAUCUAUCUAUCUAUCUAUCUAUCUAUCUAUCUAUCUUUGGCGAUCUCUUCAUUCUCUAUCUAUCUAUCUAUCUAUCUAUCUAUCUAUCUAUCUAUCUAUCUUUUGAUCUCUCCGAUCUAUCCAUCUAUCUAUCUAUCUAUCUAUCUAUCUUUGGCGAUCUCUUCUAUCUAUCUAUCUAUCUAUCUAUCUAUCUAUUAA